AUGUUUGGCUUUCCUAUAGAUCUAUUCGGUAUUCCGAACAGUACAAAUCAUCGAAUGAAUAGCAAUCCAUUAAUACCACAUCAUCAAUCAUUAUUUGGAAAUUCUUUAAUGAUACCAUCUCCAUUUGGUAAUAUGAAUAGUUUAAUAGGUGAUUUUGGAUUGAAUACAUCGCCAUUUGCAAUGAUGGAUAGAAUGAUGCAGGGAGCGAAUCAUAAUUCAAAUGGACCGGUACAUUCAUUUUCAUCAACAACUGUCAUGUCUUAUAAUGGCACAGAUGGAAGACCAAAAGUUUAUCAACAAACAACAUCACGUAAUCAAGGACCUGGAGGUAUUGAAGAAACACGACAUGCUGUUCGAGAUACGGAACGUGGAAUUAAUAAAGUGCACAUUGGUCAUCGAAUUGGUGAUCGUAAACAUGUAAUAGAACGAGAAAUGAAUACAGAAACGGGUCAGAUAUCUGAAAAUGUUGAACUUGAAAAUCUUGAUGAAGAUGAAACUGAUGGGUUUAAAAAAGAAUGGCGUCAACGUUCCUUACAUGCUGGUGUUGCUCGUCAUUCACAUCAUCCUUAUUAUCAUCAAAUUGGUUCAAAUCGUCAUUAUAAUUCUUCAUCAAGACCACAAUUAGCAAUUGAACAUAAUCCUUCUACUGGAUUAUCUAGUCGACAACGUAAAAAAUCAUCAAAAAAUAUCAAUAAUUCAUCUCAUCGACCUCAAUAUCAUCACUCAGAUACAAUUGAUUUAACUGAAGAUACACCAGUUGAAGAUGAUAUAGAAGAAAUUCAACAAUUACCAUUACCACAAUCAUUAUCUGUCAAACGUAAACCUUCAUCAAAUGAUGUGAAUACUCAACUAUUAUGGCCUCGACCAAUAUUAUCAACCUCUUUGAUUUGUUCAGUAUUACUAUUUAAUUUCUCAAAUAACUGUAUAAGUGUAAAUAUGAGUAUUGGUGGAAAAAUUCGUGAUAUGUUUUCGAAAAAAAAUCCAUCACCACAAAUAGCAGAAAUUUCAACACCAUUAAGUGUUACUAAAAAUGUUCAUGUUUCUUAUGAUUCGCAAACAAAAACAUUCCAUGGUUUACCAUUAGAAUGGGAAGAUCAAGUGAAAAGUUUAUUUCCAUAUUCAAAACCUGAAGAGAAAGCUCAUGUUAUGACAUGUGCACUCAAAGUUAUUCAACAAACACUUCGAGAAAAUCAUUGUCACACAAAACAUUUGCAUAUUCAAGAUUCAUGUCAUUCAGAUGGAUUAUCAUAUGAAUCAGGAGAUGAAUUAAGUGAAGCAGAAAGUGAUCUUGGAUACUCACAAGAAAAGAUGAAUUGUAGUAGUUCAUCUUCAUUCUCACCAAAGAAAGAUCAAUUUGUUAAUUAUCCAGGUUUAAAGAAAAAUAAUCCUGGUGUACCGCCGUCAUAUAUCAAUGUUAAUUCAAGUGCUAAUUUUGUUCAAGAACUCAAACGUGCUACAAUUCUUCGUAAAAAGAGUUUAAAUAUGAAUGCUGGCAAAUCUGAUGAUGAUGAUGAUGAUGAUGAUGAUGAUAAUAAUAAUAAUAAUGAUGACUACCAGUUACCUAAGUCCAUACCAUCAUCAAAUUCAAGUCCUGAUACUUUCACUUAUCCUCAAACUGGACAAGGAAAUACAAACAAUUAUAUGUGUCAAGACAAUCGUGAUAUGCUUAUGAAUCAGGAUAUAAAAAGUAAUGAAUAUUUAUCCACACCAGUGUCUUCAAAUUCAACAAAACAAACACCAACUGUCCCUAUGCCUUUUGCAUCUUCUCUUCCAGUGCGUCAUCAUUCUAAUAGUGAUAUUUCAUCAAAAAAUAAUACCAAUGGAAAAGAUCAUAAACAAAAUAAUCAACCACCUCAAUUACCACCUAAAACAGUACGACUCAUAGGUACAACGGGCAAAUUAUCAUCGCCUAAUAAUGUUCCUAAAAGUCCAAUUAUUAAUACAGAUAAUCAUUCUCCUGCAACACCUACAUCACAACCUGUACGUCCAUCAAAUGAAUUACAACCAGUUCAUCGAAUGAAAUCAAAAAAUAGUAGACGAAAAAUAACAGAAGCAGAAGCAGUUAAAGAACUUGAACCGAUAGCUGCAAAAGAUGAUCCAAUAGCAAGAUUUAUUAUACAGAAAAAAAUUGGUUCAGGAGCAGCAGGUGAUGUUGAUUUAGCUAUUGAUACAAAAACAAAUACAAAAAUAGCUAUUAAACGAAUGCUUUGGUCAAAACAACCAAGAAAAGAAUUAAUUGUUGGUGAAAUUCUUGUCAUGAAAAAUUGUCGAUUUCGUUCAAUAGUUAAUUUUCUUGAUUGUUAUUUAAGACCAAAUGAAUUAUGGAUUGUUAUGGAAUAUAUGAACGGUGGACAAUUAACACAAAUUGUUGAACAAACAGUUCUUGAUGAAGGUCAAAUGGCAGCUGUUACAAAAGAAUGUCUUGAAGCAUUACAAUUUCUUCAUAGUAAAAAUAUUAUUCAUCGUGAUGUUAAAUCAGACAAUGUACUUGUUGGUUUCGAUGGUUCAGUAAAAUUAACGGAUUUUGGUUUUUGUGCUCAAUUAGCUAGUACUGAAAGUUUACGAACAACAAUGGUCGGUACUCCUUAUUGGAUGUCACCAGAAGUAAUUAAAAAACUUAAAUAUGAUCGAAAAGUUGAUAUUUGGUCAUUAGGUAUUCUAGUGAUUGAAAUGAUUGACGGUUCACCACCGUAUAUAAAUGAACAACCGUUUCGUGCUAUGUGUAAAAUAGCUAUGCAACAAGAACCUCCAUCAAUAAGUGCUGAAUCGCAAGAACGUAUAUCAAAUGAUGCAAUGAAUUUUCUAAAACGUUGUCUACAAAUUGAUCCUCGACAACGAGCAGAUACGAGUGAACUUCUUGAACAUCCAUUUAUUAAACGUGCAAAACUACUCUCAUCGCUUGUUCCAAAUAUAAAAGCUGUUUGUAACAAUGAUGUAGAUUAA